GGAAGUCAAUGACAGUAUAAAGACCACCAGAAGGUGCUGCAUUAAGAAAGACUAUUCAGCUCUCUAAAAAACACAUAUCUUUCCCAUCUUUAACCAUCACCAUGUUCUGGAACCUCCUCAUUGCCUCUUUCUUCAUAGGCUCAGCCUGUGCAAUGCACCUGGAGUACCUGAAAGUUGACUCUGCCGAGGAACCCCUUGUUGGGACUUUGGAUUCUGUUGAUCAGGAUGAGGAUUUGCCGAUGCCUGAGGAACAGCUCCCUGGUGUGUGUUGGGCUUGUGAGUGGGCCAUGAAGAAAGUGAAAAGACAUCUUGCCGAUAAUGCAAAUGCAGACAUGAUUAAAGCAGAACUGACGAAAGUCUGUGAUUCAAUCGGAUUCCUGCGAAGUCUCUGUAAAACAAUGAUUAACAGGUACCUGGAUAUCUUGGUGGAGGAACUUUCUACCACAGAUAAUCCAAGAAGAAUCUGUGCUAAUAUUGGUGUUUGUUAAAAGUCAAUGAGGAUGCUGAAAUUGAUCCAAGGUUUUCCACAAAACUACCAGAAGGUCUGAAGAACUCCAUGAAAAGAAAUGAAUAAAAGAGGAAAUAAUAAAUGUUUGAAAUAUAACCUGCUUUCAAAUCAUGAUAAAGUCAGCUAUUUUGUGCUAAUAAACAUAUUUGAAAUCAACAA